AUGUCUGACUCCAUGCGCAAGGGCCUCGGCGAGCAAGCCUCCGAGAAGAUCACCCCCGACUCCCAGAAGUCCACCACCGAGAAGGCCAGCGAGAGCCUCACCGGAGCUGGUGACCGCAUUGCCGGCGCCGUCCAGCCUGAGGGCCAGAAGUCCACCGGACAGAAGCUUGGUGACGCAACCCGCUCCGGCGGCGACGAUGCGUCCAACCAGGGCCAGGGCGUCAUGAAGCAAGCCCAGGACAUGGCCUCCAACGCUGGCCAGAGCAUCUCCGACACCCUCUCCGGCGCCACUGGUCAGAAGAAGUAA